GGCCGGGCUCCUUCCGGCGGCGGCGGCGGAAGAGGCGGCGGGGCCAUGGCGGACCCGCGGAGACCCGGCAAAGUGGCCAGGUACAAGCCCCCCGCCACCGAGACCAACCCGGCGCUGGAAGAUCCGACCCCGGACUACAUGAACCUGCUGGGGAUGGUGUUCAGCAUGUGCGGGCUCAUGCUCAAGCUCAAGUGGUGCGCCUGGAUCGCCGUGUACUGCUCCUUCAUCAGCUUCGCCAACUCGCGCAGCUCCGAGGACACCAAGCAGAUGAUGAGCAGCUUCAUGCUCUCCAUCUCGGCCGUGGUCAUGUCCUACCUGCAGAACCCCCAGCCCAUGUCCCCGCCGUGGUGACGGGGACUUGGGGGGGGGUCCUCGUGGGGGCAAUAAAAAGUGUGUGUGGGGGGGUCCUGGCACUGCUGUGGUUCUUUUGUACCUGAACAGGGGUACGGGGGAGCCCCCUCCCCGGGAGAGGGAGGAACGGGGAUGGGGAGUCUUGGGGGGCUUCAAGGGGGAGCCGGGAGGGGUUUGAGGGGCUCUGAGGGGGCUCGGAGGGUCUGAGGGGGCUUGGGUGGUCUGAGGGGCUCCGAGAGGACUCUCAGGGGGCUUGGGUGGUCUGAGGGGCACUGAGGGGGCUCGGAGGGUCUGAGGGGUCCCAGAGGGUCUGAGGGGGCUUGGGUGGUCUGAGGGGUCCCAGAGGGUCUGAGGGGCUCCAAGAGGACUCUGAGGGGGCUUGGGUGGUCUGAGGGGCUCGGAGGGGUCCCAGAGGGUCUGAGGGGCUCUGAGAGGACUCUGAGGGGGCUUGGGUGGUCUGAGGGGCUCGGAGGGGGCUUGGAGUACCUGAGGG